GCCCUGGCUGCGGCGGUCAGCGCGGAGGAGUCUUCGGCCCAAUCUUUGGAGAGGGAGAGAAGCCACCUGCAGGAGCGCCUCAAGCUCUUCAAGACCAGUGCCUUGAAAUCCUCCAAGGAGCUCGACGAGGAAGAGGCCGCCGAGGAGUCCAUACGUGCCCGCCUGGCGGAGAAGCAGCAGGGACAGGAGCAGCGAAGCCAGGCGAUGCAGCACUGGUUCCAGUCGGAGGAGCAUACGCUCGAGGUGGCUCAACGCCAGCUAGACUUCGACGAGAAGAACCUGAGUCACCAGAUUCAGCUCCUUCGGAACCAGGAGCAACGCCAACGGCAACAGCUGAGGGACCAGGAAGCCAGGGAGAAGACAAAGAUUCUCCAGGAGAUGGAAGUGGAGAUGGAAGCCGACAAGCGCAGGCAGGAGCUGGAAGCUCAGCAGAUGCAGCAACGCAUCUUCCUCCGGCAGGGGCAGCUGGAGCAUGAGCUGCAGCGCUUGCAAGAGCAGCUCGUUCAGGACGAGCAACUGGAGCAUCAGACGGUGGACGCCGUGGCGCGCGCGGAGAGGCAUUUGCGGCAGCAGCAGCAUCAGUCUGAGCUGGUGAAGCAGGAGGAGAGCCAGCAAUCGCAAGACGUGCUGGAGCAGGAGAAGCUUCUGCAAGCGCAGCGGAGGCGGCUCCAGGAACUGACUGACCGUUUGAGGGACCUUCAGUUGCAGCAGAAGAUGCUGGCCGACAAGGAGGAUCAGAUGCGCACAGACCAGCUGGAGAGGCAAGGGGAGGUCUUGAAGCGACGACAGGAUCAGCAGCUCCGUCAGUGCCAGUUGCAGCUGCAGGAGAUGCGGAGUCAACAGGAGCAGUCCGAUGAUCAUUUCCGGUCAAAGCUGGAUCGUGUGCAGAAAGACUUGGAGCUCUGGGCGCAGCGCGUGAAGGAGUUGGAAGAUCAGCUGCGGCGAGCCUUUGAGGUAGAGGCCGCUGGCGGCAAAGAGGAUCAGCUGCAGCUGCGCCUGGCCGAGCGAAAAUCAGAG